CUCGUAUUAUUGGCCAAAACCCCAGACGGUUAUUUCAGCCCUUCAGCCCAUGCUGCUUUGCAGCGCGUAUUCCUGCCACUUCAGAUUGUCGGAAUUAUAAGAAAUCGGCCAUGCCUCGUCCACGAGCGCACACACCAAGUGUCUCCUCUCAUCUCCAGCGAUGGCGCCCGCUGUCACUCCGAACCCCGUGACUGACCACCUUCUACAAGAUAGUGAGGGUUCUGAGACAAAGCCUCAGUUCGCAAUCGAUGGCCACGAAAUCCAAGAAAAUGGCCGUACCGAGACAGCCAAACCACAGCAACUCCAGAGGUAUUGGAUGCGAACCCUUGCCUUGAUCUUGAUCCCGCCCAUCAUCACAAUUUGGUACGGCAUCAUCUGGGUGCGGCUCGUAUUGGGCAUUGAGAACGACGAUGCUGCCAAAUACCGCACCUUCUCUGGGUCUCUGAUUUACUACUCCUGGUUCAUCAUUGGUGUUUUUGGCUUGUCAUGGGCGCAGUAUGGUCUUCUUGGCGUGGAGGUUGCCAUGCUUCAGACGCCGUUCUGGAAGGCGCCUAAUCUUGUCGCGACAUUGAUGCACUCCAACACCACAUGGAGCAGCCCUUCGGGGUGGUGUAAAGCUGUCUACCAUCGCCAGUUUCACAUGCUAUGGUGUUUGCUCGCCCUCCUGAGCAUCCUCCCGUUUAUCGCAUUUCCCCUGUCUGGUCUUGUCUUUGAGCUGGGAGAUGGGCAUAUCAGCGCGUCGGAGAACCCUUUUGUGGUAGGACGGAAUACGACUACUUACAACAACGCGUCCAUAGAAGGUAAAGAGAUCCCAGCUGAUUGGGGAAUGGGAUUGACCCCAACUAUUCCGGGUUUCGGAGUAAUAUACACUGCUCCAGGCAUUGACAGGUCUGCGCAUUCUUGCCUUGAGAAGCUGCCGAGCACUCUACCCCUGACAGAGUCCAUUCCCGAUAUGUUCCUUGCGCCGCAGGCUGAUGUACCAGUGUCUGGAAAGGCAUGGGGACUUAGGCUCAAGUAUGACUGCUCGAUCGUCAGCAAAGUCUCUCAAUUGACAAUUCUGAGCGAGAAGCCAGUGUCCAUCUUUUCAAACGUGGAUAGUCUCUCCACCGGUACACGGCCCGUCAUCACUCUUCGAACUCCUUCAGGAUCUUCAAUCAAGAUCUUCAACAGCAGUAGCAAUCCUAACGACCUGAACAUGUGGUCGUAUUCCGAAAUGGGGAUAAGUGUUUCAACGCUUACGGGGGCUACGUACAGGAACAAGACGUUAAUCCAUGGCACGUUAGUCGGCAAUGCCUAUGACAUUCCAGUCGACAUAUCCGAGUCGAUGGUAUUAGAAUACGCCCUGUGGCAGCUCCAGUUUCAGGCAUACUACGACAAACCCAACGAGACCCUCCCCUUUAAUUCUACUCUUGGUCCCGUCAUUGAAGGAAUGGGGAGUCCUUUCUUCCUAUCCGAGAAUAAAACGCUUGUCAGUAACAACACUUUUUUCAAGAUCCGACAAGGCCAAAAUUUCACAAUCUCGGAACCCGGUGCACCCCUCCUCCCGGUCAAGCUGAAUGCCUCUAUCACCGAUCUUCGCGAUUAUUUUAACCCAACAUCAUUAACCGACUACGUAUUACACACGUAUCCAAAGCCUGUCCUAGAACCUAUCAUGGAAGUAGCGGCCCCCAUUGGUGUUCGCUGUGUUGUAUCUUCAGGCGCCGGAACGGCCACUCUGGACGGCGUAACCUCCACCUUCAGCAACUUCUCUCGAGUCGAUCCCUACAAUAACACCCAGGGCCAGACAGGGGGCGUUUUCGGCCAUAAGGCCCAGCAAAUACUUUCCGCGACGGGGUUUGCUGACUUCUACCUGACGAGUCACUUGCCCGGGAUUCAAUCGGCCGACGGCAACCUAGGGAGAUACCAAGGCUACAUCCCUUCCCAGGCACUGCUGCGGUCCGUGCUGGCUGCAUAUGGCAUAGAUGCUAUCCAACGCAUGUACGGCCUCACACCCGGCUUGGAAGCGGCAUGGGAGAGCACUGAUCUAACGUCUUCUCGCAAGGGGAAGAUCUUGACUGUGGCAUCGCUGAUUCCAGGGCACGGGACGGGGUAUGCUGUUUUGGCGCUGUUCUGUUUGUGGUCGGGGCUUUCGGUGGUGCUGGGUUUGGUUUACGGGUUCCGCAAGAGGCCGUCGGAUAAGUUAGAUGGGUAUAGCAUGUUCAAACAAGGAGCAGAUAUGGCGGAUGAUAUUAAACACAACGAUGGGAUCUUGAGAGGGCAGACGUUUUAUGAGAAUAAAACGUUGCAAACACUUCCGGGUAGGUAAUCGAGCUAUCUGCAUGGGUGUAUUGAUAGGCUUUCGGAUAUAUAAAUGAUAAUAAUGCUCACACAAUAACCGUUUAUCUCGUCCUAUUGAGCCACAAUAUGUAGUUCUAG